GGAGACCGUCUUCAGUGAGUACACGUGCGUCUCUAGACUGCGUCUUCACCACUGCAAAUAUGUUUGGAUUUCGCUGUCUUGCAAGUCUCACGCGGCGGCCAGAGAAGAUAUUCUGAGAUGCGCGCCCACGUGGGGCGACUUUACCAUCGCCGGCCGGGCCAAGUACCUCGCUCGGUUUCUACAUGGGCCCUGAUCGGCAGCACCAUUCUUGGACGAGUGUAAUUCAGAAGAUGUAGGAGAGGGCGAAGCUAUGGCGUUCCAUCGGCGGAGGGAUGUCGGCAUUCAUGAACGCGUGCCGCGUGUACAUCUUCUCCUAGCCAAGCUUCUUGGUUCAGUUCGAGGAUUUGCCGCCGGAUUGGGGCGACGUAGAGCGCGCGCUGUGCAAGACCCUCUUCCCAGGACCUCGGGGUUGGGCUACGCCUGCAGUGCUGGGUCAACUUCAGGCUUCGGGAUUCCCGACAGAGAUCCCAGACGCCCAGGCCGCGUCCUUGGCGGCGAAAUUCCGUGUUUGUCGUUGGGAAAACUUGGAUCUUUGCGGUUUCAAUAUUAGCUGGCGCUCUCGUGCACUGGAUUGGGCGGUAACCGCGUGCCCUUGGCUCGACCGCCGGGCUGCUUGGAAGAAGUGGGCAGAGUACAAGUUUCUCGCGAACGUGGCGCGGGCCCAGGACAGUCUCGCCGUCAAGGCUGCCAGGGGCGGGCUCACGGUCCACGAGUACGUGCAAGGGGGUCAGGCCGUGGCAAUCCCCAAAGAACGUUGGCAGAAACGCUGCUCCGUCUUACUGCGCACGCGGGUGCCUGGAGAUCUCCACCGCCAUGUGCGGCGCCGUCUUGACGUUUGGCCGUUGCAGGUUCUCCCUGGCCACAGGGCCAGCCGGGCGUUCGCCAUGUUCCAGGGGAUCAGCAAGUUCACGUCGCUGUGUGUUUGGGCGGCGGUCUUGAGAGCUAUUAUUGAUGGGUGGACAACCCACAGUCGCAUGCAGAGGAGAUCCCGGUGCCUCUUUGGUUGCGGUUGUGGUCAAGACAGCAUACAACACUACGCUUUCUGCAGCGUUCUUGCGGACCUGGCACGCCGCAAACUCGGAUUGGAGAUCCCUGAGCCUCGCACACGUUUGGACGAGUUCUUGAUGUUGGAGCCACGCUUCACGGUGGACCAGAGCUCGUGGUUCGCACGCUGUGCGCUGCUCAUCUACGCCACGUUCAAAGCCACGAACGCAGCCCGGGACGGCCAGGGGAUGGACACGAGCGACGCUUGGCAGCAGGCGUUCAAGGAGGGCGCGGCCUCCCGCCGUGACCUCGGCUUCUUGAUUGGGCACGCCUGAGUAGAGCAUUGUUAUUUUCCUCAGUUGUCCUUCCUCCUCCUCCGCCUCCUCCUCCUCCCUCCGCCAUUCUCCGUGCGUGCAGGUAUCAGUCAACACGUUGCGUUAGUUUGUACUCUGCCCCCUCCACCCAGGCGCGGUGUGGUGAGGGACCGUCCAGUGAUAGUCUUGCCCUGGCACUGGUGCGCGUGUGCCUUCCCCGUUUUCCUUCUUUUGCCCCCUCUCCUCUUUCUCUCUCCUUCUCUUCCUCCUGUAUCCCGCCAGCUUUCUGUUACCAUUUGUCCCCCCUCCGCGUGCCGCCAGCUUUCUGUUACCAUUUGUCCCCCCCUUCCGCUUACUGCAAAUUCGGUUGGUGCAUCGACUCUUGAAUCUCCUGCCUCCUAGCUGCGGCCCGAUGUUGGCCCUUUCUUCAUCUGGGGUUCGGGUUGACCCUGUAGGGCAAUCCACAGGUUUCGCCGCAGCACUUCUUUAAUCUGAUAGCCGCCGCCUCGCGCCUUUUCGUGGCCUCCUCCGCCAUGCCAGCUGCCGCGGGAAGCGUGUAGAUCGCUCACCGUCCGUGGCCCAGGGGACCCGCGAG